UCUGCCAUACCCUUUUAAAAAAGGAGACUUUCUUCUCGAAUACAAAGGGGAUCUGAUAACACGAGUAAAACAUGCACGGCAAUUAGAAAAGGAGUAUGAAAAGGAGAGUCAAGGCAGCUUCAUUUACUUUUUUAAAUACAGAGACAAAUCUUGCUGCAUUGACGCUACCAACGAUAUAUUUCAUGAGGGUCGAAUGAUAAAUGAUGCCGAAAAUGGAGACGCAAAACAAAAUUGUGUAAUGAAAAUAGUUGAAGUCAACCAAGCUCCCCAUCUAUGCACUUUCGCCGACAGAGACAUUGCAAUUGGCGAGGAACUCCGAUAUGAUUAUGGAGUACACAACACUUCCACGGAGAAAGGCAACACAAUGACUACUAGAUCUACGGACAGCCAGGAACCAGGACAAACAACAUCCAUACACACGGAAGAAGUCAAUGAGACGAAAUGUACGGAACAAAAAAGGGCAACACAAUGACUACUAGAUCUACGGACAGCCAGGAACCAGGACAAACAACAUCCGUACACACGGAAGAAGUCGAUGAGACGGUUUGUAAUAUUUCACUAUGUCGAAGCUACUAAGGCGUAUUUUCUGGUUUGGUUUAGUCUUA